AUGCACCAAUUCCGUUCCAAGGCGAAGACACAGCAGCAGAAAAAAGGCGCGAAGCAACAGAAAGAAGACAUAAUAUUGCAGAAGCGGUUGGAAUAUAUUAAGACACUACCUGUCGAGCGCGCGCAGGACUACAGGCUCACCAUCACGCUGCUCUCCUCGGCUUUCCGCACCUCGCCCCACAACACCUCCUCAUCCCACAAACGCUGGGUCUUCGACUGGGGAGGCGGCAUCGAUGGACCGCGUCAGAUACGCAAAGGCGAGUCGUGGCUGACGUGGUUCAUCCUCUCCGAAGGACCGGACUUGUUCUGGAAUCAAUGGCAGGACCCUAGUCAUGCGAGGGAACACUACAUCCGCGACCGCGCCAUCGCCGUGUGGGAGCAAACGAACAAAGAUCUUGUGGACUAUCAGAGGGGUCAGGCGAAGCAGGUCGUGGAGGCUCUGAAUGAACGGGCGUGCAUUGAAACGCAGUUUGAGAGGGUGAAUCUGUCGUUGUAUUUCCGGGAGUAUGCGGAGCUUAGGUUCAAAAGGGAGAGGGAGGAGGGCGUGGAUGAGAUCAGGGAUACUACGGGGGAUGUGUGGUUUUUUGUUGAGUUUCAGUGGCCGGAGGAGCUUAGAAGGAUGGGGGAGCUUGAGGAGGAGUGGCGCGUCGAGAGAGGGUCUGUGAGGUGA